CCAUUGCUAUUAGUUGUAAUUUUAAUGGUCCUAUGCCACCUCCGCCACUGACCGUCAUCAAAACCGGAAUAGUUUUAGUUCGAAAUACAUUUUUGUCGAUUUUUUCGUUGCGAUUUUCAUUUCAAUUGAUUUUCCGUCAUCGCCGAGACGACAACGACGUCGCAAUAACGAUGAUAAUGAUAAUAUUUUAUAACUUUGGAUCUUUGUUCACCUUGUUGUUGUCGUCGUGGAUUUAAGUACGAUAGUGAUUGUUUUGUUGUUGUUUAGACGACUAUCGGUAAUCACAAAAUAUUUCACUACAGCAGUCAGCAAUAAUAACACUACGAUGGCGAUGAUAACGAGUGAUACGGAAUAACAAGCCGAGUAAGCAGGUUGCGUACCGGCAGAGAUUCGCGUUAUUGCUGAUAAGAACCGUCCGUACUUCAUACAAUAAGUUCCUAAUUGGCCACAAUACGAACGAGUCGUUCUGUUGUUGCUGGUGCUUGUCGCUGUCGUUUCCGCAGAUUGAUAGCAAUUGCGUCGUUGAGUGUCAUUUCCGCGUCCCGACGAUCCGGAAGUGGUUGCGCCGUUAUGUCGCCCUCSAGACGUCAUCCCCGACCGUCGACGAGCCGUCACCAGUGAUCCGCCCCCAUUUGUGAUCACUAAGAAACCAUGGCUGGGCCCGUCGUCGUCGUUUCGCUCCUGCUGCUGCUGUUGAGCGCGGCCCAUGCGUCUGCUGUUGAUUCGCUGCUGGCCGAACCGUCGUGCGUUGAUUACUUGAAAUUGAGAUGUGCCAACGCAGGCACUGCGGCCAUGUCAAAACUUGACAUUCUGGAAUGUAUACAGCUCUAUGAGGAUUCAGAUUUUUCAGGCAACUGUCCAAAAGCCAUAUGGACUCAUUUAAAAAAGUUUAUUGCAAAAGAAAAUCUACGAGCUGUAUUAUGGCCUAAAUGUAGAUAUGAAAUUGAAAAACUCAACUGUGAACGAGACAAGAAUUGGUUUGGUUGCAUAGUUGACAAAAAACAGARCAUUAGAAAUGCUGACUGCCUUCAUUUAAUAAUGCGAAUAGAAAAUAUAGCAUUUUCUGAUUUUAGAUUAAUCACAAAUUUUUCAAACGCAUGCCAAGAUGAUAUAGAAAAAUUUCAUUGUUACAACACUUCUGUCACAGAUACUCUGUAUCGAGGACGUGUAUUGGAAUGCCUUCAAUCUAAUAUAGACAAGCUCUCUCCAAAGCAAUGUUUACCUUUGGUUUAUAAAUUAUCCGAGUGGCAAGCAGAUAAUAUAAAAUUUGAUUAUUCCCUUCAUAUGGCUUGCUUAAAAGAYAAAGAGAAAUUAUGUGCUGACGUUGCAACUGGUAGUGGUCUUGUUUACAACUGUCUUGCUGGACAUAUUGGUAGUGGACAAAUGUCACUUCCGUGCCAAAAUCAACUUUGGAGGAGAGAAAAAUUGAUUUCUGGCAAUAUUAGAGUCAGUAAAGGAUUAACUAGGGCAUGUAGAGAAGACAUUCGCACAUACCGCUGUCGAAGAUUAGUAUCUGAUGAUAAGGAUGUUCGUUUGGCACAACUUUUGCUGUGUUUAGAAAAUGCUAUACAUAAUGGCAGUAAAGUAUCCUCGGAUUGUCAAUUUGAAUUAAUGGAACAUCGAAAAUUAUUACUCCAAAACCACCAUUUAUCACCAGAAGUUGUUUCAACGUGUUCUAAUGAYAUUGARAAAUAUUGUAGAAAUAAUGAGGUUAGCAGACGAACAAUACAUUGUUUAAUGGACCAUUCUAAGCCAUCACGUCAAAAAAACCGAAUAGAUAAGUCAUGUCAAAAAUCGUUACAAAAACUUAUGCGCAUCACAAAUAUUGGUGAAGACUGGAGAGUAGAUCCUGUACUCCAAGAAAUGUGUCAGUCUGAAGUUGAUAAAUAUUGCUCUGAUAUACCUCCUGKUUACAACAGGGUAAUAUCUUGUUUGUUGGAAAAGUUAUUUGUGGGAUUAGUUCAAGAUAAGUGCAAGAAUGCAUUACUGCCAGUUCAAUAUUUUAUUAAUCGCGAUUUYACAUUAGACCCUGCAUUAUAUCAAGCAUGUUAUUCUGAUGCGUCAAGAAUUUGCAAAGCUACUGGAGAUUGGAUUAAAGAAUCAAAAGAAAAUUUGAUUUUGCCUUGUCUUACUCAGUACUAUCAUUUACAAUGCCUACAAGCUGUUGUUCAGUCAAAAACUAAAACGCUCAGUGCUAAAUGUCACGACAUGCUAUUACAGAGGAUGGAAAUGUUUAAAAACGCUAAAGCAUUGAUUUAUCCAGAGAGUUUACAACAGUUGUAUGGACAAGUUGCCAAAUCACCUUCCAAGAAAUAUCUUAUAGUUGUUUUGUUCACUUUCACGGGACUAAUAUUUAUAGUUGGAUUGUUUUGUGGCCGUGUUAGUCGAAGRAGUGCUAUUUCUAAAAAAAAAUAGAUGCUAUUUUAUUAUUAUCGGCUAAUCCUGAUAAGUAGAUUCAUUAAAUAUUAAUGAAAUGAUUUCGUGAAUUUAUCUUUAUAAUAUGUUAUAGAUUUUAAGCGGAUGUGUCCAUCAUAUAAUAUGCUAUUUACUGUUAGAUGCGUUAAUGUUAACUAUUAUGAUAAUGGUGAUUUUAGUUGUAAUACAAUGAACAAAACAAUGAUACAAYUUGUGUUAUUUGUUAAUUUUUGUAAACAUAAUAUGCGAAAGUUAUUAUCAAUAUGGUAAAAAGUAUAUAGUAAGUAUAUUGUAAACCAAAUUAAAUAUUAGU